GGCGUUAAUCCACAUAUCGACCUGCGGGCCUCCAACAACAUCGUCCACAUCCAUACGUGCGCCGACAGCGCCCGCAUGCUCAUGCAACUCAUCAAGUACUUUGCCUCUGAUGGAGACCUGACAAAGCCGCAGCCAUCAGAGGACGUGAGCGGCAGCCCCAGGAAGCAGUCCAACGAGCAGGAGUUGAUCACGGUCGAACCGCAGGGAUUCAGCAAACUAUCGGACAGUCAGCACGAACAUGUUAAUGAGAUGAUAGGGGAGGCUAUGAAGGAGAGCACGAUUGUAGAAGAGUAUUUUUUCUCAGACGACGACCUACCACCAACUGGUACUAAAACUGUUCUUCUUUCCCGACGAACAUCACAUACCUCCACGUCCAGAGCCCAAAGUAAAGCCCCUGCCUCAAGUUACCAGCGAACUGGGUGACCUGUCCAAGCGUCCCGUUCAAGGUAGCGAUACUGACGAUGAGUUCUGCUUUGUAG